AAGUUCAGUCCUGAUCACUGGGACCCUCAGGACCACACCAAUUUAAAUCUGCCUUUCACUUACUUAAAUUAAGACUGUAAUGUGUUUGAAAAUGGGACAAUUAAAAUAAAUGUGCCGGUUUUUAUCCCCACAAUACAUAGCCUUUUUUUGUAGCCACAGCUGUCAGUUUUUUUUAUAAAAACACAUUGCACUGGAAGGAUUUCAUUUGCCCUGGAUGUUAUGGAUUUGCUAUUUCUUCAGACUGGACAUUUAUUGUGUGUGGAAACGACAUCGACGACAUAGUUGUGCAUUUGUCACACUGAGAACAAUUAAUUUCGGAAGUUUUUCGUUUCAGUGACUCUAUAGCGUCCCUUCGCGCGACUGUGGACGAUGAAUCAAGUUCUCGGAGGAUUUUAAAUCAAGAAUGAAGCUGACUGAUAGGCGUCGGGAUUUGAAGGAGUCGUUCCUCUCUUAAAACAUCCCUCAGGGACUCUCUCCUCUCUCUGAAGACCUGUUUCCCAUCAUCCAUCAGCGAGCACAAAGACCGGGAGCACAUUCUCCUGAAGCCCUAAACAACAGAUUUCACCAGAGGAUGCAACCCGUUUUAACGGUCAACGCUCUCAGUAAACGCAUCUAACGUUAAUCGCAAACAAAUUCACACGAGCGCGAGAGACGUGGAAGCACCCACAUUAGGCUGCUGCAAAUUAAGACGCCUGAGAACGGUUUAGAGCUGUCAUGGCAGCCAUAGCAACUGUCCCCAACUACACCCCAUCGCUAUGGGUCCGGUUAUGCCAUGCCAUCCCUCGCCUGGACUUGACCCUGCAGACCCGAAACAGCGUGUUCACUCCAGACAGCUGGGAGUACCAGCAGACUCUCCUGGUCCUCUCCAGCUUCUCCGCCAUUGCCCUCGUCCUCUCGUUACUUGUCAUUCUUUCCUUCCUCAUCUACUACUGCUGCUGCCGUCGUGGUGAGGGGGGCCGGGAUGCAGAGGAAGAAGAGGAAGAUGAUGAUGCCAGCGGUGGCCAAGGAUACAGCGGCAGAAAGGGGCGGGGCAUCUGCUGUGUCACCUGGGUUUCAGUCGCAGCCGUCACCUUGUGUUGUGUUGCCAUUGGCAUCGGCUUCUACGGCAACAGUGAGGCGAACGAUGGGAUGUAUCAGUUGACCUCAUCCUUCCUCACUGCCAAUUACACACUGGCUUCCAUCAAUCUUCUGGUUUCAGACACCAUGGCCGGGCUGCAGCAGUCUGUCUCAGGGCCCUUGACCUCCAUGGAGGAAGUGUUUGGUGGACAUAAGCCGGCCCUCGUACCAACACGCUCCUGCAGGCGUCUGUCAGAGCGGGUCGUGUCUCUCCUCUCCAACCUGACACUGGGAAGAGGUCUGAUCCCCAUCACGGAUGGAUUUUACAGGGCGAAUGGAAGUGAAAGCAUAGUGGGAGCGCUCACCCCAGCACCUCCUUCUGUAGCCCCCACUCUCAGUCCGUCCGCCAACAACAUCCCUGCUCCUUUCUCCCCUGGCUGGGCUGCAAACACACUCAUGGUGAAUGAAGACUACAGGUGGCUGUCGUAUGUGCUGCUGCUUUUACUGGAUCUGGUAGUGUGCUUUUUUAUUCUUCUGGGUUUAGCCAAACAAGCCCGCUGGCUGCUUAUUCUGAUGACAGUGCUGGCCUGGUUGGCUCUGUUUCUGAGUUGGGGCUCUCUCGGCCUGGAGACAGCCACAGUGGUGGCCCUGAGUGAUUUUUGCUUUGACCCGAACACUUUUGUGCUUAACUCCACUCACUUCAACUCUAGGACAAGCACAGAAGUCCUGGAUUAUUACCUGACCUGUGACAGGAAAAUGAGCAGCCCUUUUCAACAGAUACUGACCCAGUCCCAGAGAGCGCUUUCCAGCAUCCACUCUCACCUCUCCAGUCUGGAGAGAGACGCCCUCCCACGCUUUCCAAAGGCGGAGAAGUCACUCAGGGAGGUGCAGCAGAUCCUCAAUGCCACUGAGGGCAACUUCCACCAACUGGUAGCACUUCUCAACUGUCGAGGGCUGAACAAGGAUUAUGUGGACUCUCUAAAAGGCUUGUGCUAUGAUGGGAUGGAGGGGUUGCUCUUUCUUUCCCUGUACUCGUUUCUCUCAGCUUUAGCGUUCACUGCUAUCCUUUGCUCCCUCCCUGGAGCCUGGAGGAGUUUCCACAGCGAUUCAGAGGAAUAUGAGGACUCCGACAGCGAAAGCGAGGACCCCUUCACUUCUCAUCAGGCACGUAGACAGACGGCCACGGGCUCCCAGCGAGGGGCCUUGCCCCACUUCUAUAGUUACCAGGGGGCCGGCUGGACUCCCCCCUUUUCUAGCGCGCCUCCGUUACCGACUCCAAACGUUUCCUCCAAUGGCAGCCCUGGUUAUGAGAACCUGCCUUUGAGUGACAGGCAGUCCCCACCCCCCUCUUACAGUACUCUCCCAGCAUGCUGACUGGCUACGGCGGCAGUCAAUCACAUUCCAACCCGUCCCAUUCAAGACACCUGUACUCACACUAAUUAUUUUUCUGUAUAGUAGAAAAGAAAGAUGUAUAGCAAGGUUUAGUUUUCUUAUGGAUGGACACUUUAUGAGAUGAAAGACUAAUUUAAAACUCUAGAUGUUAAA